AUGAAUAUAAAAAUCGCAUUAUUUAAUGUUUUAAAUUACUAUUGGAAAUAUCCAAUCUGUGAAGCUCUUCUUGCAACACUCCUUGAUCCUAGAAAUAAAAAAAUAGAAUUUGCGACUUAUUCUCAAAGACUUGAGGCCAAAGCAUAUUUAGUGGCUGAGUAUGAAGUAUUUAAAGAGCAAGAAACAAUACUGACAAAUACAGUACAAAUAGAUAACCUUGAAGAGGAAGAAAAUGUCUUGUUAGCUGUUAUGUAUGAACCUAUUCAAGAAUCUGACAUUAAUAAUGAAAUUCAAACUUAUCUUGCAUUGCUGAAAAUUCCAA